AUGCUCACCAGUUCAUUGGCAAUUCUUCACGAUAACUCCUCCCACGGGGAGGACAAUUACCUGACCCGGGAUUUGGGCGACGGAAACUUCCUGGAUGUGGUGCUGGACGGCGUCACCGGUCACGGCGGCGACGAGGCUAGCGGUGCGGUCGGGGACGCCCUGAACGCGAUUGCGAUCACCGGGCCGGAGGAUAUCGUCGCCGUCCUUGACGAGCAGAACGCCGAGUUCCACCAGGUGGGUGGGGGACGGUUCCUGCUGACCACUGCUUCGGCGGCGCUGUUUCUGGAUGGACAACUCCACAUCAUCUCGGCUGGCGACAGCCCGAUCUACGUGAUCCGUCGGGACGGAUACGAACAAUUCAGCGGUCGGGUGGGCGGGUUGAUCCGCUUGGGAGUCUCCAAGGCUAUCGGCGCUGAAUCUACCCUCUCGGUGUUCCAAACCGCGGUGGAGCUUUCGCCUGCCGACCGUUUGGUUUGUUGCACCGAUGGCGUCAGCGACAACCUGCUCGGUGACGAACUGAUGGAAUUAGUGCGCGGCUCAGCCAACGCCGAUGAGGCGUCCGUGAGAGUGAAAGAACUGGUUGAUCGGCACAUCGAACAGGGUCGCGACAUCCGAUUCCGAGGCGGGAGGUUCCGCCACGACGACGAGACCGCGAUCUUCCGCUUUUUUGCGGAAAACUAA